AUAGUUGGGAGUGGAAAUCACGAUUGCUUACGCUUGAUAAACGUGCAAGCGAUUCAGAUUCUGUAACUAACGUCUGCUACGUGAAAUAAUUUGUCAGAACAAUGUCUGGAAUAGUAAAGCCUAUCUACAAUGUCCUGUUUAAAAGAAGUUCUACUUUUGCCUUAACCAUUUUGGUAGGCAGUUUCAUAUUUGAGCGAGGAUUAGAUGUGAUUUCUAAUAAUAUCUUUGAUAGUGUUAACAAAGGCAGACUAUGGAAAGAUAUUAAAAGCAAAUAUGAAAACUAGGGAAACAAUAUAAAUCAUUAGAUAUACAUUUGUAUAUAAUGUGUAUUAAAUAGGUAUGUUAUAUAUCUGUGGUUACACAAAUAAAGAAGUCUGUUGAAUGCA